CAUUCAUUCAUUUUUUUGGUCAGACUAGUGUUGGACUUCGUCGAGAAUAGCAAUAUAUAUUCCGAGAACGACUACGUUUUCACAAAAACAAACGGGUGAAAAUAAGAAAACAAAAUAGAAAAGAAAUAAAAAAAACACAAUUUAGUGCAACACCUCCGCCCUGAUGGAAUUAAAAUUAUUGAAAACUAAUUAAAUUUAUAAGAAUUUUUUACAAAUUUUACAAUAGAACGAAAGUUACUCGAACGAAAAAUACGAAUAUAUUUUUUUAAAAAACAUUAUUUUGCCCGUUUGCCAAAAUUAACAUGAUUACUUCUUCCACAAAACGCCUGUAUACACUGGCGUUAUUAGCCUUUGUCUUCACUUGCUGUGUAUUUUCCGUUGAAGCCCAAUUAGCUGGUAAACUUAUACAAAAUCCUUGUGUCAAUAAACGCACCUGUCAUGAAUGUAUACAAACACAAAGUUGUGCCUGGUGUAUGCAACCGGAUCAUGGUGAUAAACCUAGAUGCUUCCAACACAGUUAUUCCAAUGUUUGUCCAGAAGAAUUUAUUUGGAAUCCUGAUACAGUACAAAGUUUUACCAUAAAUCGUGAACUGACUAGAGCCGGUUAUGCUGCUGGAGCAGCUGGUGGUCAAAUGUCCUAUGGUGGUUCUUAUUAUGCCAAUUCUUCAUACAGUAGUUCCUCAUCGGGUUCAUAUUCAGGAUCAUAUGGAGCUUCUGGAGCUGCCGGCGCCGCUGGUAGUUUUAGCGGCAGUGAUAUUGUACAAAUCAGUCCUCAAAGAGUUUCUUUGAAAUUGCGUAUAAAUGAAGUCCACAGUUUAAAUAUGCGUUAUUCUCAGGCUGAAGAUUAUCCCGUUGAUUUAUACUAUCUUAUGGACUUGUCAAAAUCUAUGGAAGAUGACAAAGAAAAACUUUCGGCUUUGGGUGAUUUACUCUCCGAAACUAUGCGUAACAUUACCUCUAAUUUCCGUUUAGGUUUCGGUUCUUUUGUUGAUAAAGUUUUGAUGCCCUAUGUUUCGACUAUACCCAAAAAACUUGAACAUCCCUGUGAAAAUUGUGAAGCUCCUUAUGGUUAUCGCAACCAUAUGCCCUUGAGUACAAAUACCGCCGAAUUCACUACUGAAGUAAAAAGAGCCGCUGUCUCUGGUAAUUUGGAUGCUCCUGAAGGUGGUUUUGAUGCCAUUAUGCAAGCUAUAGCUUGUCGUCAACAAAUCGGCUGGCGUGAACAGGCACGUCGCCUAUUAGUAUUCUCAACAGAUGCUGGUUUCCAUUAUGCUGGUGAUGGCAAGCUUGGUGGUGUUAUUGCUCCCAAUGAUGGUGAAUGUCAUUUAAAUUCUGCUGGUCUCUAUACCCACUCGGUUAUACAAGAUUAUCCUAGUAUUUCUCAAAUUAAUCAUAAAGUUAAGCAAAAUUCUAUUAAUAUCAUAUUUGCUGUUACCGCCAAUCAACAUUCGGUUUAUGAGAAAUUAUCCCAACAUAUUGAAGGUUCUUCAAGUGCCAUUUUAUCAAAUGAUUCUUCUAACGUAGUCGAUUUGGUUAGAGAGGAAUAUAGUAAAAUAUCUUCUUCCAUUGAAAUGAAAGAUAAUGCCACCAGCCAUGUUAAGAUCACUUAUCACUCUUCCUGUUUGAAUGGCGGUUCUGAAAUUCCCACUUCGAAAUGUGAUGGUCUGAAGGUUGGUGAUAUUGUCAAUUUUACUGCCCAAAUAUUGGUUACUUCAUGUCCCACUGAUCCCGCCGAAUGGAAUCAAGUUAUUCAAAUUUAUCCCGUGGGUAUUAAUGAAAGUUUGGUUAUCGAUUUGGAAAUGUUGUGUUCCUGCCCUUGUGAAAAACCCGGCUCCACUGGCUAUCAAAUCAAUUCUCCUGUUUGUAAUAAUCAUGGUACCUACAUGUGUGGUAUCUGUGAAUGUGAUGACAUGCAUUUCGGUCACAAUUGUGAAUGUUCCACUACUGAUGUCCAUUCGGAAAAGGGUAAAGACUUUGGCUGCCGUGCUGAUAAUGUAACAACAAUUGAUUGUAAUGGUCGUGGUACUUGUUUGUGCGGUGUCUGUGAUUGUGAGAAACGUGCUAAUCCUGAGGAAAUUAUUUCUGGUCGUUUCUGCGAAUGCGACAAUUUCUCCUGUGAUCGUCAUGAACAGCAAUUGUGUUCGGGCCCAGAUCAUGGUGUAUGCGAGUGCGGUAGUUGUGUGUGUAAACCUGGUUGGACUGGUACUGCUUGUGAUUGUCGCGAUUCAAAUGACACAUGUAUACCACCCAAUGGCGGUGAAAUCUGUUCAGGACAUGGUGAAUGUGAAUGUGGUGUAUGCAAAUGUAAAUCCACCGAAGAAGGACGUUAUUCUGGCAAAUACUGUGAAAAGUGUCCCACAUGUUCUGGACGCUGUCACGAGCUUAAAGACUGCGUACAAUGUCAAAUGUAUAAGACUGGUCCCUUAAAGGAGGAUAAAGAUUGUGCCGCCAAUUGCACAACAUUUGUACCAAUCGGUGUUGAAAAGGUCGAACUUGAUGAAAAGAAAGAAGAGAAUAUUUGUAUAUUCUAUGAUGAAGAUGAUUGUAAAUUUGCCUUCAAAUACAGCGAAGAAGAUGACAAAGUUGAAGUGCAUGCCCAGCAAGAACGUGAAUGUCCUCCUAAAGUCUUUAUGUUGGGUAUUGUUUUGGGUGUUAUAGCUGCCAUUGUACUGGUAGGUUUAGCCAUAUUGUUAUUAUGGAAACUUUUGACUACCAUACACGAUAGACGUGAAUUUGCUAGAUUUGAAAAGGAACGCAUGAAUGCCAGAUGGGAUACGGGUGAAAAUCCUAUUUACAAACAAGCCACCUCUACAUUCAAAAAUCCUACAUAUGCUGGCAAAUAAGUAACGAUAUUUUAACGAUCUUAACUUAACCUUUUUCGUUUUAGUUUUUAUAAGAAAACAAUAUGCCAUAAAAAACGAAACGUUUUAAGCUAUGUAAAUUCUUUUGGUUUCUAACAAAACUAAUCUUUAUGUAUUUAACUGCCAGUAAAAGCCUAAAAUCGUUUACAACUAAAUUUUGCAACUUAACCAAAACUUAACUUUGAAACCCUCCAUUUUUUGUUUUAUUUCUACUCUACUCUACUAUCAUUUUUCAUUUUCUACUUUUAUUGACAAAAGUGUAGUAAUUUUAAAUAUGUGCCUCAAAACAAAAACCAACAACAGAAGAAAUAAGAAAAGAACUUAUUAACAAUAUUUAUAUUUUUACACUCAAAUAUAUUUUGUACUUUUUAUAACAGUAAUGUAACAAAAACAAAAAAGGAACAAGCGAUUUUUUUAUUAAUAGUUUUUAAGUAAUAGAAAUAAUAGUAAUCCAAAAUGCCUUGCAACCAAAUUAAAACAUUGAAAUUAUAAAAUAUUUUAUAUAUUUUCAUCAUAUAUAUAAAAAACGCAACAAUAUUGCAAUAUUUGCCCAAAAACAUAAAAAUUUAUAAUUUAAUGAUAUUUAAAUUAUUUAUUUACUAAAUAAUUUAAAUUUUUUUAAUUUUUAAGACUUAAUAAAAAAACAAUUUGUAUUUCUUUCAGCUAUAUUUAUAAGAAAUGCUAAACAUUUUAGUUUUUUAUUAUAAAUAUAGUUAGUUAGAGUUUAUUUCUGUAUUAACAAAUUCAUUUCUUUUUAAUUUUGUUCUACUGUCCUUGUGUGUGUAUUUUUUAGUUUAUUUCUACAUAAUUAAGUUCUAUGUAUUUAACAAGUAAGUUUUCUUUUUUUUAUUUUUCUUCUUUUUUAGUUAAUACUUUUUUAUUUUUGUAAGUUUUUUUUUUUAAUAAUUUGUAUAAAUUUUUACGUUUUUGUUUUUAAGUUUACCUUUGGAUUCAGUAACUUUUAAAAGAAGUUUUAUUUUGAAAAUUUUUGAAAAAAAAAAAAAAAAUAUUUUAUUUUUUACAAAUUUUUAAAAUAAAAUUUAUUUUAAAAAUACUAAAUCAGGAGGUCAGUUUUAUUUUUCAUUGUAUAAUUUGUACUGAUUAAUAUUAACAAUAAUAAAUUAAAUUAAAUAAAAAAAAAAAUACAAACACC